GGUGAAGCAUGUGGAAGCGGCGGUGGAGGCCUUCGCCGUAGAAACUUUGCUCAUCUCCGAUGCCCUCUUUCGCUCAAAGGAUCUGACAGCACGAAAACGCUUUGUGGGUCUUGUGGACUCGGUGAAGGAGAACCAGGGCACUGUGCGCAUAUUCUCCAGUAUGCACGUGUCUGGC